AUGGCUGAUUUUGAAAAAGCUGCUAUGAAUGCAGCCCUAUUUGUAUACCCAAAUACUAAGAUUCAAGGUUGUUUUUUUCAUCUUGGACAGUCAAUUUGGCGGCAAAUUCAAAAUAUUGGGUUAAGUAAUAAAUAUUCUACUGAUCCAGAAUUUUCCCUUAAUAUUCGGAAAAUACUGGCAUUAGCAUAUUUACCCGAAAAUCUUGUUGAAGAUAGUUUCGAAAACAUUCUUCAAACAGAAUUUUUUAAAAGAAACGAGGAACUCUUGUCCAACUUUAUAAUUUACUUUGAGGAUACAUAUAUUGGUCGCGUUAACAGAAGAGGAUGA